CUGGGCAACGAACGCCUCCUCCCUCCCUGGUUCCGUUGGCUCUUGCACCACCAGCAAUGGCGGCUUCUUGGAGAGCCGUGGCGCUGUCGGUCGUCACGCUGGCCUGGCUCCUUGGCGGUGGCGCGUGGGCGUUCCCGGCGGAGGAUUUGGUCACGCGGCUGCCGGGGCAGCCGCCGGUGACGUUCAGGCAGUUCGCGGGGUACGUGGACGUGGACGUCAAGGCCGGGAGGAGCCUCUUCUACUACUUCGCCGAGGCGCAGGAGAACGCCGCCGCCAAGCCGCUCACGCUGUGGCUCAAUGGAGGUCCAGGCUGUUCUUCUAUUGGAGGCGGUGCUUUCACAGAGCUAGGGCCAUUUUACCCCAGAGGUGAUGGUCGAGGCCUCAGGUUGAACAAGAAGUCAUGGAACAAAGCGUCCAAUCUUCUGUUCGUGGAAUCGCCGGCUGGGGUUGGGUGGUCUUAUUCCAACACUUCGUCGGACUACAUCACCGGAGAUGCGCGGACAGCUAAUGACAUGCUCCGGUUUUUGUUGGGAUGGUACGCCAAGUUUCCUGAGUACAGAUCCAGAGCUCUAUUCCUCACUGGAGAGAGCUACGCAGGGCACUAUAUACCACAGAUCGCUGAUGUACUUGUCACCCAUAACGAGAGGUCCAAGGGUUUGAAGUUCAAUAUUAAGGGAGUCGCUAUCGGGAAUCCGCUUCUGAAGCUUGACAGGGACGUCCCGGCAACCUACGAGUAUUUCUGGUCCCACGGCAUGAUCUCCGACGAGACAUUCCUAGCGAUCAGCCACAGCUGCGAUUUCGAGGAUUACACCUUCAACAACGACAGCCCCCACAACGAGAGCAAGCCGUGCAACGAUGCCAUCGCAGAAGCCAACGCCGUAGUUGGAGACUACGUCAACAACUACGAUGUCAUUCUUGACGUCUGCUACCCAUCGAUUGUGAUGCAGGAGCUACGGUUGCGACAGUUUGCGACAAAGAUCAGUGUGGGAGUGGAUGUCUGCAUGUCCUACGAAAGGUUCUUCUAUUUCAACCUACCAGAGGUGCAGCAGGCCCUGCACGCUAACAGGACGCACUUGAAGUACCAAUGGAGCAUGUGCAGCGAUUUCCUCAACUACAGCAACACCGACGGCAACAUCGACAUGCUGCCUACGCUCCAAAGAAUCGUUGAGCGCAAGAUACCACUCUGGGUCUUCAGUGGCGAUCAAGACUCGGUGGUGCCAUUGUUGGGCAGCCGGUCCCUUGUGCGAGAGCUAGCGCACACCAUGGGGCUGCAUGUCACCGUCCCCUACAGCACCUGGUUCCGCAAAGGCCAGGUUGGAGGCUGGGUGACGGAGUAUGGCAACUUCCUAACCUUCGCCACAGUGCGAGGUGCAUCUCACAUGGUGCCGUUCGCACAGCCGGACCGGGCCCUCGGGCUGUUUCGAUCGAUUGUACUCGGGCGGAGACUACCAAACGCAACCAGUCCACCAAUUGGCUGAAGUGUAUCUAUCUACAAAUGAAGGUGGAGAUAGAAAAAAGGUUGCUUAGGGUUUUUCUUUUUUCCUUUCAGUUAUGUUAUAGUAGAUUAGUUCAUAAACAUGUAUUGGAUGUUGAAUAAGUUCUUUAUUGUUUAUAAAGAGCAGAAAAUAAUACUAUUAUUAAUAUU